UUUAACUUCUCUCUAAUUAGUGCUGUUACGAUACGGGAAGGAUGAUUUUCCUGCUUGAGAAAUUUAAACUCAACUUGAUGCCAUCAAUAUGAAUAUGGGAAGAGAAGCCAGUCUGCAACUGUUGUACAACGAGCAUCUUUACUACACGAAAGGUCAAGCAACUGUCCUUAAAAAGAAGAAAGUUAUUUUGAAGGAGAAGAAAAUUGGAGAGGAGUUUUCUUUUUUCAAGCUUGCUGAUGUACAGUUUCAACAAGAGGAGUUAUGUUUUCUUGAGAGGGAUGAACUGGAGUAUAAAGUUCCAGGCCCUGUCCAGCACCUUUGUGGUACUGCAAAGAAACAAUUUCAACGCAAGCGUUUCCAUACCCUUUGUGUUUUGACAUAUGAUAUUCAGAAAAAAACCUCAAGCCUUCAAAGGUUUUAUGAAGAAUCUAACAGUGGUGAAAUUUGCAUCAAGAAGAUAGCAACACUGAAAAGAAGAUUAGAUUCAAUUUUAGGACCAUGUUUUUCUUGGUUUGUGGACACUGUGGAAGAUGUAGGGUAUGGACCUUCAAUAAAGUUAAGACUUUUGAUCACAUCACAAAACCUGUGUUUAUUGGACCAUAAAAUGCAGCUUCUCUACUUCCAUCAACUAGAUAAAGACAACCCUAAUAUUACUAUCAGUUACGACAACAAUAGAAAUGUGCUAGAAAUGAACUUCAAGGAAAUAUGCCCAUGUUCUCCCAAUUUCCAGAGUAUGAAAUGUAUACGGGUGCUGACAGGACUUGGGGAGGAAAUCAAGAGCAAGGUGGAAACUAUUUUGAUGGGAAGUCUGCCACCAACAGGACAUAUCCGAAAUUGGAGAUUUGACAAUUUAGAAGUGCGUAGUGUUAUUGAAGACUUUGAAGAUGUAGAAGAAAUUUCUCCCCCAACACCACAUUUUCAAAUGCAUAUCACCCUACCACCUCCAUGUCAGCAUGGUCAAAAAUCACCUGUAGAAAAUGAUGACAGUGCCCAGUCAGACUUCAUUCCUGAACUGGUCUCGCCCCUGCCGAGAAAUCCAGGGUUAUUCCGAACACAGAGCAUGAACGGCAAAUGUGUAAAUCAUGUGUAUCAAAAUGAGGAAUUCUGUAAAUCUCACUCGAGGCGUGCACACGAGGAUGGCAGUUACACUUGUCCUUUCAGGGAUGACCGACACAAUCGGCUUAGCUCUGAGUUUGGUGAUGUCAACAUUACAGCCAUGAGGAAACAUGAAUACUGGUUUGAUGUGAGUUUCAAAAGACGAAGCAUCGACAAAAUUUACUCAAGACUGGAUGAGAAUUCAACAAAUCUAAAAGAAGUCUGGAACCCUAAUACUGACUGUUCUCUAAAUAUCCCAAUACCUGCUGUCAAUCCAACUGCCUGUGGAAUGGAAGAUGAUGUAUACUGGAACACUGAUUUAUGUCUAUGUAUUCAGCAAGUGUUCGAGUCUAAGCUUAGGAAGUCCGAACUUAUGGAAGCCUUGGAUGUGACAUGGGAACAACUAGUGGCUCUCUUUAUUCACCUUGAUGUCAGGACACUCCAUGUUAAAGCCAAGGACUGGAAGGACUUUGCAGAUAUCCUAGGGCUGCCAAUACGAGAUAUAGAAAUCAUCCAGCAUUUCUGUUACACAUACCAUGAGUGGCCCAUGUUCAUUAUUUUGUCCUAUUGGAUGAUGCUGUCAAGAAAGCGCCGCGAGACAUUGCCAUCAUGUCGUCACAUCGAGCUCAAAAAGAUAUUACAAAGACUUGGUCGACAUGAUUUAUUGAAAAUCCUUACCACCAGAAAUGUGAACGAACACAUUCAAGUGGCACAGGAACAGGAAAGCACACACCUGUAGGAUGUGAUA